GAUUAGGUUUAUUAAAAAAAACAAAACAAUGUACAGCAAGUGAAAAUAUAGAGAGCAUCUCUUCAGGGUGUCCAAAGGCCAAAAUAACAUACAAAACCAAUCUAGAAAGAAAAGGAAGCAAACAUUAAAUAACCUAAUUGAACAAUGAAAUAAAAAUACAUUUUAUUUCCCUAACUACCUAACGAUAAACAAAACCCAAACAAGCCAGCCAAAAUAAAUAGGCAGGACACCCCUACGCUCCACGUUCUUAAAACAAAAUGUUUAGAGCGAAUUAUUGUGAUCAACAGGUUUCACACUUCACUUGAGUUUAACAAAUGUGAUCAUCGGAGGAGGGAUCCAGGAGCUCUCAAACCAAACAUGACUGAACCAACAAUGAGCUCCCCGUUGAAUGCCGGGGGCGUCCUUAUAGAGAUCACGCCUCGUCUGAACCGCCAAUGGCUAUCAUACACCCCAUCACUGGACAACCUAUCAGAGACCAGGAAGAACGAGCAGGAGGAGAAAGAACACAACACAACACAUACCAAAGACAGAUCGUAACUCAGGACAUACAGUAAACACAGGAAAUGAAGCCAGGAACAGAUGGAAUGUUAAUACACACUAAGAGUCCACGGACAAGUUCAACAUAAGAGAUCAAAAACACAGAGCUACACCAUUCUAGUUCAUUUCUAAUUAGUUAAACUGAUGUAUUUAGCUGACCUGGUAGCAGUAACACUUUUUGCUUUUACCUUCAUGAGUCUCAAGUUCAGCGAACAGAGAGAAGAAUCAGAGAGAAACUCAUCAGUUCCUCAGAAAGGAGGAGGAGAGCAGGAUAGCGGCUCUAAAUGAAGAAGAGAAAGAGAGGAGAGGGAAGAUGAAGAGGAAAAGAGGCUCGCUCUCAGACAGACUGCGGGAGGUGGAGGAGAGGAUGAAGGAUGAUGACGCCACCUUCCUUCAGGUUGGGACGAAAGCAACUUCACAAACUCAAACGUUUCAUUAUUUUAUGACAGUCAUUAAUCUAGCUGUCUCAAUGUGCAUCCCACAGAAUUAUAACAGCAUUAUGAACAGGUAUUGUUUGUUUUCUAAAAGAAAAUAUUCAUGAGUUUAUCAUGUGUAUAACUGUAAUAUUCUGAGGUGUGCGUGUGUGUGAGUGUGUGUGUGUGUAGUGUAAAAUACACACUUUCAGAUGCAUAACUGAGUUCAUAAGCACUUAUCGAUGUUCCCAAACAUCUGGGUAACUAUAAGUACCAAGUGUGUGAGAAGAUGAAGAACAUCUGCUCUUACUGUGAGUGCUGGAUGCUGCAUUACAUUUGAAGCUGGACCUCUUUUUAGUUGUUGUUGUGAUAGUGCCUCAAUCUAUAUUAUAUUCACACUGGUGUUAGGAACCUAGUCAGAUUAAGAAUGAUAAUAAUAGAACUAAUAAUAAUAAUAAAAGACUUGCAGUAGUUUUCCCUAUAAAAUGAAGACAGGAAUAUGUUAAGUGUUGUAAAUUACAAUACUGUAAAUAAAAUUUAAUCAUUUUAAUUUUAAUUUACACAACAAAUUACCAUACUAAUAUGCAUGUCUUAAUUUCUUCACUUCCGAAUACUUAGCAUUUAAUAUAUAAAAUCAAAAGCUUUCAUUUUGGAAGAAUACUGGUGAAACUUCUGUUCACAUGUGAAUGUGUAAGUAAAGUGAAUCUAGCACAUGUUACAUUUCCGAAUGUGAGGGUGUGUGUGUGUGUGUGUGUGUGUGUGUGCGUGUGUUUGCUCGUAGAAAAGGUGUGUCUUCAGCUGCUUCUUGAAGGAUGAGAUGGACUCUGGAGGCUCAUUUCUCUAAAGAGGAACAGAGAGGCUGAAGGGUUUGGAGAGUGAUUUUUUUCUUCUGUUCUCCACAGACCCUGUGAUCCUGAACCCAAACACAUUUUACAAUAAUGCAGUCAGACAUUUACUGUGCAUGCCGGGUUAUUUUCUGCCAAAUUACUGUGAAAGCAAUGCAGUUAUUAACCUGGAAUUUCACGUAACACAUUUUAACUGUGUAGCUAAUCAAAGGAGGAAAGUGGUUAAAGGGGUGAACUGAAUUAAUAAGUAUCUUGAUUUUUAGUUGUUUUUUAAAUAAUGCUAAGUCCUCUUGAGGCCCCUUUUAAAGUCUACUGAAGACCCCUGGUUUAGAAAAACUGGACUACAACAGCUGCUGAAUGAUUGAAACUUGAGCUCAAUUUCUCAAUUCCAGGAUCAAUUACUUCUUUUCAAAUGCAUCUGUUUUGUAUAUAUCCAGGUCAUAGGUGUACAUGUAUGAUUAUACAGUAUUACUGUAAGGAUCUUCAGAUGACUGGUGUUACACAAAUGUAUACAUAAAUGCUCUUUUUUUAACAUGCAUGCUUUUUAUCAACAUUUGCAUUACCAAUGAACUCUGAAAUUAUAAAGAAAAUUGGUCUUGAGCAUAUUAACACACACACACACACACACACAUUUGUUUUAGUGGUUUACGGGGACUCUCCAUAGACGUAAUAGUUUUUAUACUGUAAAAACUGUAUGUGCUAUUGCCCUACACCAACCCUACACCUAAACCUACCUUUUACAGGAGACUGUCUGCAUUUUUAGAUUAAAAAAAAACACCAUUUAGUAUGUUUUUUAAGCCUUGCGAUUUACGGGGACAUAGGCCACCUCAUAAACCACCUUCAAAUUGUAAUACCUCUGUCAUACCCAUGUCAUUAUACAAAUUUUGUCCCCGUAAACCACAAAAACCAGUACACACACACACACACACAAACACACACACACACACAUAUAUAUAUGUGUAUAUAUAGUUUUUAAAAAAGUAGUUUUAGACAGAGUAUAUCAACUGCAGGGCAUGUCAUCCUCCAACUUUUCAGUCUCCCAUUUCCACAAAUUAAAAGCAGCAUAUAUUCUUAAUGCAUCCAAAAGUUUGAUUAAAAACAGCUCAAUUUCAUAAUACAAAUCUUUUUUCUUCCUUCUUGGACUGAUGUUUUUUUUUUUUUUUUAAGAAAUGUGGAAACAACAUAUCACAGACAGAGGAGGAGGCUUUUUUUGUUUUUUUAUCUAUAGGAGGUGUAAGGGCAAAAGUGAAACCGGGCGACGGGAGAAAACAGGAAGUGAAGACUGAAACUUUACGAUCAGUUUGAGCUACUGGAAGCAGAGUUCAAAGAAUUCAAAUGGCAUCUGUCAAAUAGUGGGACACAAGACUCUAUUCCUCGUGGAAAGCUGGAGAACACUAAUCGCCAUGAGCUUGUGACUCUCAUGGUGCAGCAGUACAAAGUUUCAGACGCCGGGAAGAUCGCAGUCCGAACGCUAUGCAAAAUUAAGCUAAAUGAGCUUGCUGAUCAACUGAAGGGACAACUUCCGGAAGUUUCAGAGGAGGUUUCUGCUGAAGGUGGAGCUUCAUCCGGUGCAGCGGCUGCAAACGCUUCAACUGCAGGUGUUAAAGUUACCAUAAACUCCAGUGGAGGAACCGUAAAGGCCCCUGUUAUUCACGGUGAUGACGACAUCUUGCAAAAAUUUCUGGAAAGUCACAAAGACAACAUUAAGGUCAAAACAGCUCGUGUGUUUGAGGGCAAAAAAGAAAACAAAACACACCUCACCAAAGUGUACACUGAACUCUUCAUCACUGAAGGGGACAUUACAGAUGUCUAUGAUGAACAUGAGGUUCUGAAGAUUGACCGAGCUUUGAAAGCUCCCAAAUUUGAGGACACACCAAUCAACUGCAAUGACAUAUUCUGUUUACUGAAGCAAAAAGAGGAGGGAAACAUUGUGCUGACCAAAGGCAUCGCUGGCAUCGGGAAGACAUUCUCCUUGCACAAGUUCCUCCUGGACUGGGCCGAAGGAAAAGCCAAUCGGCAUGUGGACUGUGUGUUUCUACUGCCAUUCAGAGAAAUUAACUUGAUUAAAGAUGAUACAGAGAUCAGUCUCCAUGAGCUUCUGUUGGAAUUUUAUCCUGAUUUGAAAGAUGUGGAAAACACCAAGUUUUAUAAAAAAUGCAAACUGGCAUUUAUCUUUGAUGGACUUGAUGAGAGUCGCCUGGAAUUGGAUUUUGACUAUAAACUAGUAAAAUAUGUCAAUGCGCGGUCAUCUGUUGAUGUUUUAUUUACAAGCCUCAUUAAAGGAAAACUGCUUCCGUCAGCUCUCGUCUGGGUGACGUCACGACCAGCAGCGGCCAAUCUGAUCCCUCCUAAGUAUGUAGGAUUGUUUACGGAGGUGCGUGGAUUCACCGAUCAGCAGAAGGAGGAGUAUUUUAGAAAACGGAUCGUAGAUGAAGCUCAAGCCUCCAGAAUAAUCUCGCACAUCAGGACGUCUCGUAGUCUCUACAUCAUGUGCCACAUCCCCGUCUUCUGCUGGAUCACGGCCACUGUUCUUCAGGAUAUUCUUAUCAAAAAUGACGGGCAGGACAUUCCUUCGACCCUCACCGAAAUGUACAUCCACUUCCUUCUGAUACAGAUGAACAUGAAGAACCAGAAGUAUGAGAAGAAACAGGAAAGAGAUUGCACAAAACUUUUGAGUUCAAACAAAGACAUGAUCUCCAAGUUGGCUAAACUUGCAUUCGAACAACUGAAGAAGGAAAAUGUCAUGUUCUAUGAGAAGGAUCUGAAAGCGUGUGGCAUUGAUGCAAACGAGGAGUCCACAGGAUUGUGCACUGAAAUCUUCAAGAAAGUCUAUGGUGUGCAGGAGAGGAAGGUGUAUUACUUUAUACAUUUGAGUGUGCAGGAGUUUCUUGCCGCGUUGCAUGUGUUCCUCUGCUAUUUGAAGCUGGACAUGGAUGAGCUGAAGUUCUUCCUGGAGAAUUCACGUCCUAAUAAGAAAGAACUGCUGUACGUUCUGCUGAGGAAGGCGAUCGAUAAAGCGAAGGAGAGUGACCGAGGACAUUUCGAUCUCUUUUUGCGCUUCUUGCUGGGCAUUUCUCUCGAGUCCAAUCAGAAACUCCUCAUCGGCUUGCUGGACGAAACGCUUGACAGUAAAAACUGCAUCAAUAAAACCAUCCAGUACAUCAAGCAACUGCAAAACAAUGACAAGUGCCCAGAUAAAUCCAUCAACCACUUCUUCUGCAUCCUGGAGCUGCAGGACAGAACCCUGUACCAACAAAUCAUGAAAUAUCUGAGGUCAGAGAGCGGUCAGCCGAAAGCAGUGUCCAACUCCAACUGCUCAGCGCUGGUCUAUGUGCUCCUGAUGUCAGGCGAGGUGCUGGAUGACUUCAGCCCGAAGAUGUUCAACACAACAUAUGCAGGAUGCAGGAGACUGGUCCCAGCCGUGAGAUGCUGCAGAAAAGCCUUGUUUUCAGACUGUGGACUGACACAACAGUGCUGUGAAACAGUGGCUAUGGCUCUUCAGCUAGAGGACUGUCCUCUGAUCGAACUAGACCUGAGUCACAAUUACAGCAUCGAGGCGGGAGUGAAGGCACUUUCUGCUGGACUGAAGAGCCCACAAUGUCAUCUGGAGACACUCAGGUUUUCCUGGUGUCAUUUCGGCCAGGAGAGCUGUAUGGAGCUGGUCUUUGCUCUCAAAAAUAUCUCACAUCAUCUAAGAGAGAUUGACAUGUGCAGCAAUGACCUACAGGACUUUGGACUCCAUAAGCUCCUAGAUGGGAUGGAAAAUACAGAGAGAAAACUUCAGGUUCUGAGGUUGAGCUGGUGUAACCUCACUGCAAAGAGUUGUGAGCACCUUUCCUCGAUUCUCAGCUCAGAUUGGCCCCUGAGAGAGCUGGAUCUCAGUAACAAUGACCUGCAGGUUUCUGGUGUGAAGCUGCUUUCUGAUGGACUUAAGAGUCCAAACUGUCAGCUGGAGAUACUGAGGUUGUCUGGGUGUAUGGUGACAGAGAAAGGCUGUGGUUAUUUGUCUUCAGCUCUGAGUUCAAACCCCUCACACCUGAGAGAGCUGGAUCUGAGCUACAAUCACCCAGGACAAUCAGGAGUCCAGCUGCUCAAACACAAACUGGAGGAUCCAAACUGCUCACUGAAGAUACUCAAAACUGAGCCUAUGGGUGAACACUUCAUCAAAGCAGGGAAAAGGAAGUAUGCCUGCGAUCUCACGCUGGAUCCAAACACAGCUCACGUUCAGUUGUGUCUCUCUAAUGGAGACAGAACAGCGGCAUAUGUAAUGCAGAAGCAGCCGUAUCCAGAUCACCCAGAGAGAUUUGAAUCUUUCCGACAAGUGCUGUCUAGAGAGAUCCUGUCUGGUCGUUGUUACUGGGAGGCCGAAUGGACGGGUCAAGAGGGGACGGUCGGGGUGACACACGAAAACAUCCUGAGGAAAAGUGAUGAUCUUUGUAUAGUAGAGGCCACCGGUCAGCUUGGAAACAAUGAUGUGUCAUGGACAAUUACCUUUGCAUCUUUUCCAUAUGUUUCUCAUGCUGGAGAAGACAUUAAGAUAAAGGCUCCAUCCUCUUGUUCAUUUAAAAGAGUGGGUGUGUAUGUGGACACGACGGCUGGCGUUUUGUCCUUCUACAGCGUCUCUGACACACUCACACACUUGUACACCUUCCUCACGACUUUUAAAGAUCCUCACUAUGCAGCAUUCAAGGUGGACAGUGACUCUGUGUCCUUUUGUCAGAUGUAACCUGAAAGCCUCUUUAUCUUACCAUUUAUGUACACAUUUAUUGCCAUCUUGUUUUGCUCUGUGUGACAACAUAAAAUAAAAUUUUUGUUAUGACA